GGGUUCACUAGAUGCCUGCCAACAGACCAAUCGGUAGACCAAAGGCGAGCUGUGCAGAAUGCCGUCGUUCCAAGUUGAAAUGUAAGAUUUUGAUUGAUCCGCGACUUGACAGACCCGCGACUUAUGGCUUUCAGGUGAUCGGAACGUGCCGUGUAGUGCAUGCGUCCGUGCCGGUGGGGCUUCAAGCCGGCGAAUCUCGAGCUUACAUGCAGGGUGCCCCAACGCCUGUCCCAAUGGUACCCGGAAGCCCGCAUUAUCUAUACAAGGUCUUUUGGAGGAGAUACAAGGCGUACGCACGGAAUUGAUGCAACUGAGACAACAGGCGGGCCUCGACUCGCCACAACACCCUCAAGUUUCAGAUCAAUCUUCGACCCUUUCUCUCGCGGGCCCGGCACCCGAACACCAGAACUAUCACGAAGGUACACAUGAACCUGCAUACCUGGCUGGUGAUAGGCAAGGCGAGACAGGUCACUUCACUGUCGAUGGGGAAAGAGGUUCUCAUUUUCUCGGCGCAACUGCCGCCGCCCAUCUGCUACCGGCCGAUGAUGAAGACUGUCAUCUGGUUCAACCAGCGUCACCAUGGCAUGGGGACCCAUCUCAUGAGCGAACAUCAUUCGUGACCUUCCCUUUCCAUUCGAGACUCGAUAGUUGGUCAAUUCUAGAAGCAGGGUCGAAGCUUCCUGAACCAACGCGAUUGAGACGCCUGAUCGACGUCUAUUUUGCCGAAACACCUUGGAGAUUUGCGCCAGUAUCUAGAAACUAUUUCGACGGUGUCUUGGAUCUGGUGACCAGCGGAAACUCUAACUCUAGUCUCAUUCAGCAAGCUGCACAACUGGCUAUGAUUUUCGGUCUCAUUUCUGUGGGAUGCUUGUUUGACGCCUCAGUGCCCUCUCACUCGGACGAAGCCAAAUCGUACAGCAUGCUUUCACUGCAUUGUCUAGGCAUCGCCAAUUUUCUGACUCACACCUCGACGGCCUGUCUAGUUUCGUUGCACCUCUACUGCUGCUUUCUCAUCAAUGAAGAUCGACCGCGCGUUGAUGAGAUAUUUGCCAUCGUUGGGCUUGCUUUGCGGCUAGCAACCAUAGCUGGCUUCCACAAGGACGGCUCGCGAUGGGGCUUGCCCGGGGCAGAAGUCGAUGCCAGGAGGAGGAUCUGGUGGGAGAUCCUGACUCUGGAGAGAAUCAACGCGAACCGCUUCGGCCUGUCUCCUUUCAUUCAAGCCGACGUUUUUGACGCAUCUACCCCAGCUGAUGAGUCUACUGAUGGCUUUUUGGCGUGGCGUUGGGAAUGGGACAACAUCCUCCAUCAGCUCAUUAAAGUGAUCCAAGAACCGUCGUCAGAUCCCUCCAGCGUGCAGCAGCGGGAUGGCAUUGUCCGAUCUUACUGGUCCCGCCUGCCAAAUCAUCUCAAGUAUCGACAAGUUCGUGAUGGCGGCCGGACGGAGAGUCUUCAGCAGAUCCGUUUGGCCUUACAUUUCAAUACUGGAUUACUCCAGUGCCAUCGUUCGAGUUUUCAAUUGGCGCUGAGGACCCAUUCCCGGGAACCCAUGGAGUCGGAAAGAGCCUACUCAGUGGAGAGCGUUAUAGAUGAAGCGUGCCCUGCCAUCAUUGCUCUAGUCGACGCUCUAUAUGGGGAUUAUGGCUUGAUAUUUACGCGUCACAUCGUGGCCGCACUUGACCUAUUCAGCGCCAUUGUGCCUCUUGCUGCGCUGGUGAUGCGCUCUCCUCGGUCGACCAAAUCUGUUUCUGCGCACAAUCUCUUGUUGCGUGGUCUGGCCCUUCUGGAACAAGCCGCCGAUGCGACUCCUUGUCUGUGGUACGCCGUCCUUCUGACCCGAGGUAAGCGCAUGGCUGCACGUGCAACAUCAAGAUUGGCAUCGAGAUGGACCACGGAAUCUCGUCAUUCAAGUCCUCCGGUGAUGCCGCAGGGUUCGGAGGUUGGGGUCAUGACGUACGAAUACUCGGAUGGUGGGCGAGACGACUUUGACUUUGAUCAAUGGUUAGAGUCAAUCUGGGAGCCGCUAUCGACCCCGGAUCAGGAAUCAAUGUUUGCCAUUUUUGGCGAUACUCGUGGACAAGGAGUAUGACACGGAUCCGAUUCGGUAUAUGGUGUCAUUCCAAUGUAAUCUUUGAACUCAAGAUUUGCCGCGUUGUCCAGGGGAAGGCACAGCUCUAGAGUAUCAUGUGCCGGUGCUUGCUCGGACAACGGCACGAUAUCGGAGAUCCGACUCCGUCAGAGAAAGCUAGCAUUACCUUGUUGUCGAGAUCGGUUGGCAGCAUCCGCUAGCCGCCGUUAUCCGGAAAAUGGUGUCUUCGUAAAUAUGU